AUGCGGCGCAGGAGACAAGGUGGUGCUCUAGCCACAGUAGUGCCGUUCCUGGCACUGUUGGCAACGGCUCAGGGCGUCAUUGCUGGGCAUAAUGGGGAGAAGCCACAUCGGCGGUCUAGGACAAGAAGUACGAUAGAGGAACGACAGGUCGGGCUUGAUGUCGGACUUCUGUCGUCAGACCUCGUCGUCCUUGAGCUUGCCGCCAGCUCAUCCGCCGUCUCGUCAACGCCCACAUCCACGUUUACUUCGACUACGACCUCCACCCUCAUCUCGACAGUCACCUCAACCGCGUCCUCAUCGGCUGUGGCCUCUGCCUCAUCGCAGUCCACGGUCAACGCAUUGGUCGCUUCCGAAUCGCCGUCGUCAUCCGGCAGCGCGGUCGCUGAGCCGGUCGCGGUUACCGCGACAAGUACCAUCGUCGCGUCAACUUCCACGGCGGUAUCGUCAUCGGCUACAGUGAUCCCCAGCUCAACUGCCGUUGCUGAGUCUGUACCCGAGUCGUCUUCAGGCAACACCGGCGGAGCUGCACGGCCCAAUACGCCUGGCACAGGACACUGCCUGGCAAUUCGGUCAGCCAAGUGUGACCACGUCAUCAGCACCUCCUGGGGCGCUUCCAGUCGCUUCGAGCUCGAUAUCAUCGCCCGAACCAGCGCCGAUCCCGGUCUCCUCGACUUUAAUCCCAUCGGCCUCCAGCUCUGCGGUUCCGGCGCCCGGACUUGUCUCGUCUACCUCGGUCGCAAUGCCAGCUGCGGCUACCACGUCUCUGCCGGGUGGAGCAGCCGGUCCAAGCGGGACAAGCAGUGCACCACCAAGCGCGCAGCCCGUAUCUGUCACUGUCUCGGUCUCUCUCGCUGGGCCAGCAUCAAGCGUCUCCAGCUCGGCCGGGGCCCCUCCUGGCGUUUUCAGCAUCAGCGGACCUGUUCCUGGACUUCCUGGAACCUCGUCAGCGCCGCCUUCCGGGAUCGCCUCCGCGACGAUUUCCAUUUUGUCUUCGACCUCGUCCUCAGCUGUCCCGCCCCCGAUCGGAACCUCGUCGACUAUCUCCCAAAUAGCGCCUAUCCCGGGUCAGACGAGCCUAGUUCAGACUUCGAUAACAGGAUUUGCCACUGGAAGUAUCAUCAUCAGUGCGACGUCGUCGAAUACCGGUUUGCCUGCGGCAACGUCAUCUGGCCCGCCAGGCCUCCCAGCGAGCUCAUUAUCGAUCUCCAACGGCAACAUCGGCUCAGUCUCCUCACCGAUACCUCUUUCAUCUUCGAGCCUUCCCCCAUCCCUUUCUCUAUCUACAAACGUUCCUCCCCCUUCUUUACCUUCAAAUUCUUCAUCUUCUGCUCGAGCGCAGGUUUCAGCACCUCGGCUGGCAGCUUCAGCGCCAGCUCGGCUCCCGGUGUUGUCGCCUCUGUUACCAGCUCAAGCGAUGGCGCAGUCACAAGCUCUGCAACUCCGUCAAUCUUCGACAACAGACCGACAUCCACUCUGCUCCCUGCUGCCGCUUCGCAGACCAGCACACCGGCUGCUGGCGUUGGGUCUUCUCAAGUCACCAGCAGCAGUGCGAUCCCCUUCGUACCGGGUGUGGCGGUGUCGUCAAGUACCGUCUCGGUAGUGGCAAGCUCCGACGAUCAGCCGACUCAGACCUUCUCGUCGACCGAUAACCGCCCCACGGCUACUCUGACCCCAUCGGGAACCUCCUCGUCGGCAGGAGUAGACCAGGUCUCCUCCCAGGGGGCGCCGAUCCUGUCUAUCAGUCUCGGGCAGCCUGCCGCCUCCUCGUCGGCAGACGUGGCGCCAGUACCCUCACAGGCGACUCCAACUUCAUCCGUCAACAUCGGCCAGCCUGCUGCGUCUUCGUCGACCUCCCUCCAGAUCGACGCGCAGCCAGCCUCGUCAACAGAGGUCAGCAGCGUAUUCGGCGGUCCCACGUCCGUUGCGCCGUUCGUGCCCAUCGCGUCAAGCUCCGAGAGCUCGUCCCGCAAUGUCCCAUCGAGCCUGGCGCCCCAGCCGUCCGACUUUAGCUUCAGCUCCAGCUCCGAGAACGGGGUUCCGUCCAACACUUUCCGGCCGGCUCCAUCGGUCUCGUCCACGAGCUCGGCAGACGUACCAGGCGUAUUCAGCCGCCCCGUCGACACCCCCAGCCAAACGUCCACCUCGUCGGCCGAUGUCGCCGGGCCUACCAGUCGCCCAGCGGACCCGGCCAGCUCGAGUCGUUCGAGCGAGGUCAUCCCCCAGCCGAGCGUGUCAGAAGCUGCCUCUGCUUCCAGCACCGUCAGGGCUGGGAUCGAGUCCUCCUCCAGCAGGGCAACAUCAUCCGCUCUGGUGGUCGGGGACGGUCCAAGCGUGACUUUAUCGGCCUCGGCCUCGAGCUCGAUCGCGGUCGCUUCAGAGUCCGCUACACCCUCGGCCGUCAUCUCGUCCAGCUCCGAUGCUUGGUCCGCACCGGUCUCGAGCUCAUCUGCAAACGCUGCGAGACCAUUCUCCUCCUCCAAGGAAGACGUCUAUGUCCCCACGCAGACAUGGUUGAUCGUGGCGUCGGUAUCCUCCACCUCGUCGGUGACCACCACGACCACAUCUACUCCCGCCCCGUCGCAGACCGGUUCGACCUCCACUCAACCCCUCCCUCCCACCGCCGUUAUCCCCAACAGCGUCCCUACCCUCAUCGUCCCCGCCAACUCUGCCGCCAACAAGGAGUUUGCCGGUUCGGGCUCGGAGAAGGAUCCGCUGAAGGAUACUACGUUGAUCUCGCUCUUGCUCGCUGCUGAUCAGUACCCGUGGACCUUUGUUGUCAAAUCAGCCGAUGCUACCUCGCAGCUUUUCAACACCUUCCCCAAGCUCGUCGCUGGCGCACUCGACGUCUCCGAGGAAGAGGUGCAGACAUACGGUCUGCAGGUGUACCAGCCAGCCGCAUGGAACGGCGAUCAAGCCGCCCUGCUCACGCAAUGGCUCGCCUACAUCCCGGACGCGAAAUUCGACACCCUCAACGCGUACCUGAAAGCGAGCAACUCGCCCCUCUUCAAUCAGACCGGUAUCCAAGGCGAGCUCGCUGCGCAGAUCAACACCGCUUUCCCCCUCGCGGCCAACAGCGAGACUGCCCCAUCCACAACCACCACAACCGACUCGGACGGCGGUAGCACGCGCACGCGGGAUAUCAUCAUUGGUGUCUGCGUCGGCAUCGGCGGUCUGCUCUGGAUCGGACUGGUCUUCUGGAUCUACAAGCGGAUCAAGCGGAACAACGACCGCGCGGUGCAUCGGCGGCUCUCGGAGCACAUGUCGAUGUUUGACGACCGGGACAGGGAGCAGCGGCGAUACUCUGUUGCCGCUCCCUCUCUCGCUCCGUCAGACGUCGACGACCGGCCGUCCUCAUUCUACGCCUCGCCCAUCGAGAACGACCCGGCGUUCCGUCGUCAGCAGCGUCGAUCACUUGACGGUGCCGAUUCGGGCGACUACCACGGUUCUUUCGUCGGGUCCGGCGGAACGGGCGAGCACUCCCCCACCUAUCACCCGUCCGUCUUUGGCACGUCCUGGUUUGCCAACCCGCAAGGCCAAGGCGGUCGGGGCGCUGGUGGCGAAAUGCGCCAAGUCCCCGCACAAAACCCCUUUGAGGAUAUCGUGACUCGGUCAUACCUCCAAGCCUCCGGAUCUUCGAACGGCGGAAUCAACAGUAUGGCGCAGAGGCGGAGUGGACCCGGCAGGCCGGUCCAGAAAGCGAUGAUUGGCCAGCCUACGCUGCAUGCCAGUUCGCUCGAGUUUAGGGAGCAGUAA